CAAAAGAGGGGGACCAAUGAAACACGAGAGCGAAGUUGCAAGUUGCAAAUUGACAAGUGACAAGUGGCCGCCUAACCUCAAACUAUUAAAAAAAAAACAGCUUGACUAAUGGGUAAGUAUUCCAGUGACUCAGACAGCGAGAAGCGCAAGAGCUACAAGAGUCGCAAGCGCAGAUCGAGUUCGUCGAGCUCCUCCGACUCCCGGAAGAAGCACAAGCGCAAGGAUAGGAGCCGCAGUCGCGACAGAUACUCCAGAUCCAGGCGCUCGCACAGCAGUAAGUCGCGUCGGAGGUCCCGCUCGCGCUUCAGAGAGCGUCAUCGCAGGUCCAGGUCGCGGUCGAAAUACAGGCGUUCCAGAUCGCGCUCCUACAUCCGGGAGUACACGAGUAGCAAGAGGAGGCGCUCGAGCUCGAGUUCGAGUGAGUCGCUGAAGCACGAUGGUAACUUGGAGGACGUGAGGAGCGAGGUGAAAAGGUCGCCUGAGAUGUCGAAGGUCGACGCGAAGGUUCUCAGCGCCAUUAAUGAGGAGGGGUUCGCCCCCAAGGCGUUCACGUCGAGUAAGAAUAAGAAGAUGAUGGAAAAUAUUGUGAUUGAUUUGAAGAAGCAGACUAUUAAAGUGCCGGAGGUGGAGCCAGUGGAGCCGGAUAGUAUUUUUCACCAUAAUUUGUUUUUGAAUGAGGAGGCGAGGAUGGAGAAGUGGAUUAAGGAGUUGUAUGGAUACAGGCAGAGGGCGCUGCAGCAAGGGCUGAAAGCGGGGGAGAAAUGAAGACUGUGAUUUCAACUUAGAACCAUGAAGUGUAGAGUAGCAGGGUGUUUCAUAAUAAAAAAAAAUGGGU